ACCACUUGACAUAAGCCAAGGAGGAUAUCAGCCAUAUUGUUGAGAUCAACGCAACAUGAAAACUGCGCGUUUCCCCCCGCGGUCGCGAAUCAGUCACCUAACCAACAUCGCCGAUCCCGACUGAUAAUGUUUAUCAAUAUUGGGAUUUGACAUAUGUUACAUGAACAGCGUCAACGUCAUCGGGCCUCAACAACCUACCUAUCUCUUCCGUUGACGUUCCGCACGAUGCAUCUCGGAGUUAUGCUGUUAAUGUGAUAGAUCGUCGCCAAAGAAAAUUGAACGUUGGGGGAAAAAAAAUGACAACUGGCCAAAGUGGGCACGAUCAUUCUCUCGCUAUUAGACAGGAAAUACAACGUUUCGAGAGCGUACACCCCUCGAUAUAUGCUAUUUACGAUCUGAUAGAGCUCGUGCCCGACGCGCACAUUGCUAAGCAAAUUCGCGAGCAUGUCGUGGCGAUAGAAGAUUCCUUCGUUAACAGCCAUGAAUGGACAUUGGCGAGAGAUGUCCCGGAAUUACAUUUGGGAAUCAUUGGUUCCUCGGAUUCAGGAAAGUCGGCUCUGGUUCAUAGAUAUCUUACUGGCUCUUUUAUGCAUGAGGAAUCACCAGAAGGUGGUCGCUUUAAAAAGGAGAUUUUUAUAAAUGAUCAGAGUUACCUUCUCUUGAUCAGAGACGAAGGUGGUAUACCAGAGGCUCAGUUUUCAGCCUGGAUAGAUGCUUUAUUACUUGUAUUCAGCUUAGAAAAUGAAGAGAGUUUCUCUAUAGUUUGCAAUUUUUAUAAUAGAAUGUGCUCCUUCCGGAAUAUGUCAGAAGUACCAAAAAUACUUGUAGGCGUACAAGAUUCGAUUAAUGACAGCAAUCCUCGUGUCAUAAAAGAUGUCAGACCGCGAAAACUGGCUUGUGAUUUAAGAUGCCCUUAUUAUGAAACUUGUGCUAUUUAUGGUUUAAAUGUUGAAAGAGUAUUUCAAGAUGUGUGUCAGAAAAUUAUACAGAACAUAUCGAUGAAAAAUUUUUCCUGCGAUGUGUGUCAACAUACCACAGAGAAUGAUGUUAAAUUCACAGUCCCUACUGUUACUAAGAACAUACAACUUCAUAACAAGGAGACAGAGACUACGAAUUCAUUGAAAGUAAAUAUUUCAGAAAAAGACGAAGAUUGUCGAUCAAUUCAUAAUAGUUCUAUGCCAAAUGAUUCGUCAUUGCUGAAUGAUAAUUUUCAUAAUAUGCAGAAUCAACAUGGAGAAUUGCGUUCAUCAAUUUUAACACCAACUACUAUCAGGAAAUUUAGAAGAAAAUCGAAUAUAUUUACGCCUUCUAAGAAAGAGAAAUAUAUGGGCGAAAUGGGUGUUGGUAGAGAGAUACCAGUAAAACAAGGUUAUUUGUUUAAACGAAGUAGCAAAUCAUUGAAGGAAUGGAAGAAGAAAUAUGUCACGUUGUUAGAGGAUGGUCGCUUGACGUAUCAUUCGAGUUUACAUGAUUAUAUGAAUGAUACUAAUGGGAAGGAAAUACUCUUGCAAUAUGUUACUGUGAAAGUACCUGGCAAAACGCCGAAAGGUUCCAAAUCAUAUAAUGCUCAAGAAGAUAGUUUUGAGUUUUCCAUUAUCUCUUUGGAGAACAAAACUUGGCACUUUGAAGCAAACAACGCCGAAGAACGGGACAGCUGGAUUACCGCGAUUGAGCAGCAAAUAUUAUCCAGUUUGCAGAACAGCGACGGCGAUAAGAAAAAUGAAACUGACGCGUUUAAAAUGCAUUGUAUAAAAAACAAAGUUUCGGGGAAUGAUGCAUGUGUUGACUGCGGUGCGCCGAAUCCGGAUUGGGCCAGCCUUAAUCUGGGCGUGCUAAUGUGCAUCGAAUGCUCCGGUAUCCAUAGAAACUUAGGUUCGCAUAUAUCCAAAGUACGAUCCUUGGAUCUGGAUGACUGGUCCGCAGGUCACCUAAGCGUCAUGUUGGCUCUUGGCAACGACAUAGCGAACAGUAUCUGGGAGUAUUGUUUAAACGGAAAACAAAAACCUGUUUCGGAUUCGUCUAGGGAGGAAAAGGAGCAGUGGAUUCGGUGGAAGUACGAAGACAAACUUUUCCUACCGCCGAUCAAUCCAAACAUAUCUUUAGGAAAACUGCUCAUCGAUUCGGUUUGCCGGGGAGACAUGAGAGCGUUUACCUUAUGUCUCGCUCGCUGUAAUUACGAGGACAUCAAUAUAUCGGUCAGCACGGAAGAUCUGAGAACACCAUUACAUCUAGCAUGUGCAACCGGGAAUCUAGCAAUGGCACAACUUUUAAUAUGGCAUAAAGCGAAUCCGCAGAAUUUGGAUCAUGAAGGACGAACGUGCAUGUCGUAUGUGCGAGCUCUGGAAAGAACGCUCGAUAACUCAUCCGAUUCUAUGGAAAUGCAAAAACUACUCGAGGUAUUGGAACAAGCCAGUGUCUCCGGGAUGGAUGACGUAGACACGUCUCAGUAUUAAAGUUCAAAAAAAAA